AUGGACGACCACACCAGAGUACUCAGUAUUCAAUCCCAUGUCUGUAGCGGAUACGUAGGAAACCGUGCAGCCACAUUUCCCCUCCAGUUGUUGGGCUACGACGUCGAUGUAAUCAACACUGUUCAAUUCUCGAACCACUCCGGCUACGGGAGGCUCAAAGGCACGCGUACAGACGCUGACCAGCUGGCGAACAUCCUCCAUGGGUUGGAAGAGAAUGGGCUGCUAAGACCUGGGAGGCUGUUGACUGGAUACGUACCUGGAGCGGCGGCACUCAUGGUCGUCGCUGAGCUUGCGCGCAAGCUGCGGGACAGAAACCCGGAGUUGAUCUACUUGCUUGAUCCGGUCAUGGGGGACGAUAACAAGAUUUAUGUCGCUCCCGAGUGCAUACCAAUAUAUAAGGAUCUUCUUGACUGUGCAACUAUCAUCACACCCAAUUGGUUCGAGGCGGAGUUGCUAACAGGAGUCAAGCUUGAGUCUGAAUCCACGCUACGGGAAGCACUCCGUAUUCUGCACACACUGCACGGCGUCCCGCAUGUAGUGAUCAGUACUGUGCUACCGACUCCCGAGCUAGCCGCCUCACUCCCAGCGCACGUCCUUGCCCCGCAGACGAAUGGGCUCCCUGAACACUCCCCGUACCUUGGCGACGUGCAGCUUGUCGUCUCCUCCUCUGUCUUGCCUGAGGAUGAGCGUAAGGACGGCAAGGUGAGCACAGUCCACGUGGGGAGUGUGAAGCAGAUCAAAGGCUACUUUUCCGGUGUGGGAGACCUAUUCAGCGCACUCGUGCUUGCUCAUUUCCCUGGACGAUCCGACCCUCCACCGCCGGCCCCGGAUACGCCCCUAUCGCGAGCAACAGCAAGGGCAGUGGCGAGCGUACAAGGUAUAAUCGUCAGCACGCAUCACUAUGUCCAGACGCUUCCGGAGGAAGAGAGACCCGAGACGGAUCAGGAACUGGACGGCCAAGACGGGGAGAGGCGGGUCAGGAGGAUGCGGGCAAGAGAGCUACGACUCAUCCAGGGCAGGGAGUACAUCCUUAACCCUGAUGAAAGAGGGAAGAUGGGAGGGAGGAUGGUCCCCUGGACGGACUUCUGGGAGCUGUAG